AUGCCUGGCUCUAAAGGUGAACCUGGGGAAAUGGAGGAUGAGGAUAGGCAUCUACAAGAGUCUAGAAUAGUGGAGCUUAAGAUGCGAAAGUCUAGAUCGAAAGCUAACUUCACUAGAACUCGAAAUAAACUAAAAGAAGAAGUAAAUAGUGAUACUGUAGACAAAAGUGUCAUGAAAGAGCUUUUAGACAAACUUGAAUGUGCUAUGGAUGAGGCAAUUGGACUUGGACACUCGGCUUUGGCAUAUGAAAAGGCCAAAGAGAGGCUUGAUAGAAAAUUUGGAGGAGAAAGGAGGCUUGCAACUAAGUUCAUUGAAGAAAUAGAAAGAUUUCCUACAAUUAGGUAUGAAAGCGCAAAGGCAAUAGAACAGUUCGCAGACUUACUAGAUAUCGCGUUAGUGAAUCUGAAAGAAAAUAAAGUUGAAGACCUGCACAGCGGAUAUAUGUACCAGCAGUUAUUGAAAAAGUUGCCUGAAAGCAUGAUAUCCAGAUAUGAAAGAUGGUUGUUUGAAAACAAUAAGAAAGAAUCAGUAGAACUGUUGAAUGAAUGGGUUUUGAAAGAGGCAGAAUUUCAAAACAUUGCGGUGGAGGUAAAGCACGGCCUUGAUGGCAGAAUUCCUGUUGUUCUUUAUGCCAACGGAAAAAAAAUCACAGUAAAUGCAUUACUCGACGAUGGGUCAACGAAAACAUACAUUAAUGCAGAAGUGGCAGCAACUCUGAAACUCAGUGGAAAAGUUGAGAAAGUGAAAGUGAAUACAUUGAACAACAAAAGCGAAAGUUUUGAAACAAUGUCAGUCAGUUUGAACAUUGAAAGUUUGAAUGGCCAAGAGAACAUAGAGAUUGAAGCAUCAGUUCUUGAUAAUGUUACUGGUUCUCUACAAACCAUAGAUUGGAACAAACAAACCUCAGUUUGGCCACAUUUGAAAGGAAUACAUUUUCCAAAUAUCAAAGAGAAUAGCAAAGUUGACAUGCUGAUUGGAUUAGAUCAAGCUAGACUGCAUUCUUCGCUUUAUGAAGUUCAUGGCAAACCUGGUGAACCAAUCGCUCGACUCACUCCGCUAGGUUGGACAUGCGUAGGCCCUGUUCAGCAGGUUUCAAACCAUACAAACAUGUUUGCGACAUACUUUGUGAAAUGUGAUCAGUUAGAUGAACUGGUAAAAGGUUUUUGGGAAAUUGACAACUAUGGUCAACAGAAACAGUCAAACUCAUUUUCCAUAGAAGACCAGAAAGUUAUUAAACAGACUGAAGAGACAAUGAUUGUCAACAAUGACCACUAUGAAGUUAACAUACCUUGGAGGAAAAAUCCUGCCGAGUUGCCAAACAAUAGAAAAAUGGCUGAGAGACGACUCAAACUAGUGAAGCAGAAAAUAGAAAAGGACCCAUUUGUAGCAGAAACAUAUAAUAGAACAAUAGAAAAGUAUGUGGAAAAGGGUUACCUUAGAAAAGUAUCUGAAUCAGAAGCACAGGACAAACUGAACAAAUGGUAUCUACCUCACUUUCCAGUAGUCAAACCAGAAAGAGAAACAACCAAAGUCAGAAUAGUAUUCGAUGCAUCUGCCAAGUACCAAGGUGUUAGUUUGAAUGACACUAUAAAUACAGGUCCAAAACUACAGAAUGAACUAUUUGAUGUUCUGUUGCGUUUCAGAAAACAUGACAUCGCGUUGGUAUGUGACAUUAGUGAAAUGUAUCUACGAGUGGGUAUAGCUGAGACUGACAGAAGAUAUCACAGAGUAUUAUGGGAUGAAGAUGAAUAUGAAUUUAAUACACUAGUGUUUGGUGUAAAUGCAUCACCAUUUCUGGCUCAAAUGGUUGCUCAGACAAAUGCACGAAAGUAUGCAGACAUUUAUCCAGCAGCUGCAGAAACUGUAUUGAAAUUCACCUACAUGGAUGACUCGAUGGAUUCAGUCACAAGUGAAGAAAAAGCCAUAGAACUCUAUCAUCAAUUGUCUGAUUUAUGGUCAAAAGCCGGUAUGUGUGCCCGAAAAUGGCUUUCCAAUUCCAAACGUGUUCUAGAGAAUAUUCCGCAAGAAGAUAGAGCAUUAGAGGUUGACAUAGACAGUAGUUAUUUGCCAUUAACAAAGGCUCUAGGAAUUUAUUGGAAGGCUGAAGAAGACAACUUUACAUUCAAAGUGAAAGAAAAGGACACUGAAAUCCACAAAAUAACAAAAAGAUGUUUGUUGAAAAGAGUAGCAAGCUUGUUUGAUCCUUUAGGGUUUAUAACUCCUUAUACAGUCUUGGGGAAAAUAUACAUUCAAAAAUGCUGGUUGAGAGGAUACGAUUGGGACGAGGAGGUAGAAGAAGAAAUGUCGGGGAAAAUUAGACAUUGGUUAAGUGAGCUGACAAAGCUAAACCAGCUUGAAAUUCCAAGAAGUAUGUGCUUUGAAGUUGAAGCAAACAAACAGUCACAGUCACACUUACACGUAUUUGUGGAUGCGUCAGAGAAGGCGUAUGGGACAGUUGUGUAUGUGAAACAUUCCGAAGAAAACAGUGUUUCAGUAAAGUUUAUAUGCAGCAAGUCGAGGGUCGCACCGCUGUCUUCAGUGAGCAUACCAAGACUUGAGCUCACAGCAGCAGUACUGGGAUUGCGAAUAGCAUUGACUGUGUUAAAAACUUUAGAUUUACCAGAAACAGCUGUUACCUAUUGGACUGACAGUGCAAAUGUCAUAUACUGGAUAAGAAAUGAAAGUAGACAAUUCAAGCCAUUUGUGUCAAAUCGGAUAGGUGAAAUCCAUGAAAAUAGUUCUCCGAAGCAAUGGCGACAUGUUCCAGGAAAUGAUAACCCGGCAGAUUUGACAUCAAGGGGCACAACAGCUGAGAAACUUGUAACAAGCCAGUUAUGGAAAAACGGUCCAGAAUUUCUACAAGAAGCUGAGGAUAAGUGGCCAAAGAACCUGCCAACUGAUGAAGUCAAAGACACUGAACAUAAGAAAGAACAAAAGAAAUCCAAUGUUACCAAAACUGAUGAACAGGAGAAAGAAAGUAUAAAAGUAUUUCUGAGCAUUGAUGAACAAGACGACAGGUUGAAUGCCUCUAGAUACUCUGAUUGGUUGCGUCUAGUACGAGUAUAUGGUUGGGUGAAGAGAUUUAUAGAAAAUAUGAGAGAAAGAAAUAGUGAAAGAAGAAAUAAAAUGAAAGUAUUGACAGUUGAAGAACUAAAAGACAGUGAAAAUCUGAUAAUUCACAGAGAACAGGUUAAGUUCUAUCCAGAAGAAUACAAGAACUUGGUUAAGAAAAAGCCACUACCAGUUUGUAGUAAACUCCUUCCACUGAAUGUGAAAUUAGAUGAAGACAAUGUGAUGAGAAGUGAUUCGAGGUUGACAAAUGCAGACUUUUUACCAUAUGACACUAGAUUUCCAGUAGUUUUACCACAGAAAAGCCAUGUGACUAAACUUUUAGUGAAACAUUAUCAUGAAGACGGAAAUCAUUAUGGUGCAAAUCAAACCUAA